GCUCGCAGCGCCAGCCUCUCCGUAGGCGCAGACGCGCGCGAGCGAGCGGGAGGACCCCAUUCCCCCGCGCGCGGGUGCGCGGCGGAGCGCCGACGACGAGUAGAGCCGCGAGGCAGCCCAACAUCUACGCCAACGCCGCGGUCUUCCUCAAGCCGAGUGGCAGCCAUCUAGCCGAGUGGAGCCGCGAUGAGCAACGCCUACGCUAAUAGAAACGGCGGCCGCCCCGUCUGGGAUGCCUCACCGGCUCCUCCCUUAUCGUCGUACGACGCUCUCAGAGAUCCGAACAUGCGCCACUACUUCGAGAAUCGCAGCGUCCAGGCUCAUUUGUACAAGACGGGCCAGAUCGACGCCGCCGGCCGCGUCAUCGACAUGUCCAAGAACGCGUCGAAGUUCGCCAUCAUCGAGCAGGAGUUCAAGGCCGCGGAGAAGCUGGAAUAUUGGCGCAAGAAGGAGGAGGCCGAGAUGCGCCACCGCGUGCAGAUGAAGCGGCACGAGGCGCUGGCGCGGGCUCGCCGGGCCGAGAAGAUGGCGAAGGCGAAGGAGGACCGGCGGAUUCGUGCCGAAAUUGUCCGAUGCGCCAAGGGGAUUACGUCGGGGGACAUGUCGGCGUCCGUGAGCGCGCCUCGGUCGUCGUUCAUCACGGAGGGGUCCGUUUUGGAUUAGUGGGGCGUAAGAGGGGUU